AAUGAUUUGAGUACAGAGAAGUUGGAACAAUCAAUGAUGGAGCACAUGUGACUAUCUCCUUUGAGGUAGGCACUUGCUGCAUAUGAACAAUUAAAAGAUUAACUUUACAAUAUGUACUUGAGUUAACAAAUAAAGGACAAACCCAAUGGCCUCAGCGAGUUCUAAGAAAGCGCUUACUGAUGAUUACAAAAACCUGUUAACCUGUAUAAUCUGUUUUGAGACAUUGAAAACCCCGAAAUCAUUAUCAUGUGGACAUUCCUUCUGCAAGUCAUGCAUUAACAACUGGAUCGGUCAACACAGACAUAGCCAUGAUCAAAGAUUCCCUUGUCCGAUAUGUAAUCAGCGUUUGGAAAUUCCAGAAAAUGGUGCAGAUGAGUAUCAUACAAAUAUAACUAUCAAUUCUAUUGUUGAGUCUUUAGAAAAGCAACUGUCAUUGGAGGAAAAUGUGCAAGUCAACUGUGAUAUCUGUAUCCAAGAUGGAGACAAUAUUCAAGCUAUAUCACGCUGUUUUGAGUGUGCAGAAAACCUAUGCCAGUCUUGUGAAAAAACCCACAAGCGCUUCCGAGCUUUCAAAUCACAUACUCUUUGUGAACUGACGGGAGAUCUUGAGCAGGAUACCAGGAUUGCCUUGGAGAAUUUCUACAAACGAAAUAUAGACUGUUCCAAGCAUCCUGAUGAGCCAUUGCGUUUCUAUUGCAAGAAUGAUAAAAGUGUAGUGUGCAGGGACUGCUGUAUUACCAACCACUCAGGGCACAAAUGUGUAGAUAUUGAAGAAGCUGUAAAUGCAGAAAAGCCCAACAUAUCAGCUCUUCUUGGACUAGCCAAUCAGCGAAAAGAGAUCCUUGAGCAACACAUCCAAUUAUCUGUUGACUCACUCCACGAGUAUGAGGGUAAAACAAAGACACUUCUGGCACAGAUUGAUGCUGAUCAUGCCAUGAAACUAAAGCAGAUGAAAAAACAUUUUAAUAAGCUCAGAAAUGAAGUCAUAACUUCCACAAAUGAGCAAACAAAGAAGCAGCAGGCAAAACAAGACCAACUCGAACUUGAAAGAGGAAUAACAGACAGUACUAUUGUUCAUUUGACAUCAAUAUGUAAACAUGGCCACCCUGUUGAUAUACUGAACUCUAGUAAUGAUAUCAAUAAGAAGCUUGAGACUUGGGCAGUUAUACCUGAUAGGAACCCAGAACCAUUGGAUACUUACAAAUACAAACCUGGCAUCCUUGAUAUGUCUAACACCGGACAAGUAACUAAACAAGGACAAGUUGCCAAGCAAGUAGAAGUAACCAAGCAGAUAAUACCAUGUAAUCCUAAAAUAACAAGCAAGGUACAUCUAUCUGACAAGAAUGGAGUUUGUGGUAAGAUUUAUGGUGUUACUUUAGGCCAUAAUGGAGACAUUGUUGUAUGCCAUAAUAAUAACAUUAUCGCGAGUUACAAUGCAGUAACACUCAUCAAGAAACAUGCAGCAGCAGGUAACUUUAAUGAUGUUUGUUGUAUACAGGACAACUGCUAUGCUGCCACUGAUUACACCAACAAAUGUGUGGCAAUAUACAGCCAGAACUUGCAACACCAAAGGAACAUUGGAAAGUUUGGAAAUCCCAUAGGUAUAUGUUCAACACAAUCUGGAGAACUGUUGGUGGUUGAUAACACUGCUGAAUGUGUAAAUCUUAUCGACAGUAAUAAUGGUGCAGUGUUAGCUACUAUAGGCAAGGGGAAACUCAUAAUGCCAUGGUUUGUUACAAUGAACAGUGAAGGUGUUGUGAUUGUAAGUAAUCUGAGAAGUUGUGUUACAGGAUUCACCAUCGAGGAUGAGAUUGCGAUCAAAUAUGGCACAUAUGGAAGUGGGGAUGGCCAACUGUCUCAGAGUUACAAUGGCGUCUGCACUGAUGCUGAUGGUAACAUUAUCAUUGCUGAUAACUGUAACAACAGAGUUCAACUUCUUGACAGGAAGGGAAAAUUCAUAAAGUAUCUAUUGAAACCUAAAGAUGGUGUGGUGUACCCAAGAAAAGCUGCAAUAAACCAACAUGGUGCACUCAUCGUGGCAUCAUAUCAUGGUGAAAUAGUGGAGAUAAAAUACAUGAAGUGAAUAUCAAGAAGCCCUGAACAUGGACAACAGAUUACGGACAAUGCAUAUGAGCAGAAC